CUGACUUUCAUUCACGUGCUGUACCGGGGACUGCCUCACUUAUGAAACAACUCUUGACUGGAACCCGGAUUUAUCUUUAUUGCUUAAUCUGUUAGUUGUUGGCCUGUUUUAUUAAUUGAAAUAGAAGUUAAGAAGGGUAUCUUCUUUUUUUUGUUGUCUUUAAUUUCCCCCCCAUCUGUAUUUGUGGGUCAGCCUGCAUGUGUGUGUGAGAGAAGAGCAGCAGGAUGAUUGCAGCUCAACUACUAGCCUACUACUUCACUGAACUCAAGGAUGACCAGGUUAAAAAGAUUGACAAGUACUUGUACUUCAUGCGCUUCUCCGAUGAGACGCUGGUGGACAUCAUGCAGCGGUUCCGCAUGGAGCUCGUCAAAGGACUGGGACGCGACACCAACGCCACGGCGUCUCUAAAGAUGUUGCCAACAUUUGUGCGCUCUAUCCCCGACGGCUCAGAGAAAGGAGACUUUAUCGCAUUGGAUUUGGGAGGAAGUGCCUUCAGGAUUCUUCGUGUCCGAGUGAGUCACGAGAAAAAGCAGACGGUUCAGAUGGAGAGCCAAAUCUACGAGACGCCAGAGGACAUCAUACACGGCAGUGGGACGAGACUGUUCGACCAUGUGGCCGAGUGUCUGGGUGACUUCAUGGAAAAACACAACAUUAAAGACAAGAAACUGCCAGUUGGCUGGACCUUCUCCUUCCCUUGUCAACAAACCAACCUUGACGUGAGUACUCUGAUCACGUGGACGAAGCGCUUCAAGGCGAGCGGGGUGGAGGGCAUGGAUGUCGUGAAGCUGCUUAACAAUGCCAUCAAGCUACGAGGUGACUACGAAGCUGACAUCAUGGCUGUGGUGAACGACACCGUGGGAACUAUGAUGACAUGCGGCUUUGACGAUCAACGCUGUGAAGUCGGAAUUAUCAUCGGAACCGGUACCAACGCCUGCUACAUGGAGGAGCUGCGCCACAUCGACCUGGUGGAGGGCGAUGAAGGCAGGAUGUGUGUGAACACUGAGUGGGGGGCUUUCGGAGACGAUGGCCGCCUGGAGGACAUCAGGACAGAGUUUGACCGAGAAAUUGACCGAGGCUCUCUCAACCCUGGCAAACAGCUAUUUGAGAAGAUGGUGAGCGGGCUGUACAUGGGUGAGCUGGUUCGUCUUAUUCUGGUCAAGAUGGCCCGAGAGGGUCUGCUGUUUGAGGGAAGAAUCACAGCUGAGCUGCUAACCAAAGGGAAAAUCGAGACCAAGCAUGUUUCUGCCAUUGAGAAGAGUAAGGAGGGAUUAACCAAGGCCAAAGAGAUUUUAAACAGACUUGGUGUGGAGCCCUCAGCUGAGGACUGCAUCGCUGUUCAACAUGUCUGUACUAUUGUGUCUUUCCGCUCUGCCAACCUGGUAGCGGCGGUGCUAGCGGGCAUCCUCAAGAAGCUCAAAGAAAACAAAGGUGUGGCCCGACUCCGCACUACUGUUGGCAUUGACGGAUCUCUCUACAAGAUGCACCCACAGUAUGCCCGACGUCUUCAUAAGGCGGUCCGCCGCCUCGUCCCUGACUCUGAUGUGCGGUUCCUCUUGUCAGAGAGCGGCAGUGGAAAAGGAGCCGCCAUGGUGACUGCUGUGGCCUACAGACUCGCUGAGCAAUCUCGACAAAUUGCAAAAACUCUGUCAGAGUUCCGCCUGACGACUGAACAACUGCUAGAGGUAAAGAAGCGAAUGAGGACUGAGAUCCAAAAUGGCCUUUCCAAGGAAACGCAUGCGUCUGCCACUGUCAAAAUGUUGCCAACCUUUGUAUGCAGUGUUCCUGAUGGCUCAGAAAACGGUGACUUCCUAGCUUUGGAUUUAGGAGGAACCAACUUUCGAGUUCUGAUGGUGAAGAUUCGCUCUGGGAAAAAGAGAACUGUGGAGAUGCACAACAAGAUCUAUGCCAUUCCUCUUGAAGUCAUGCAGGGUACGGGAGAGGAGCUGUUUGAUCACAUUGUUCAUUGUAUAAGCGACUUCCUGGACUACAUGGGGAUGAAGAACGCUCGUCUUCCUCUGGGCUUCACCUUCUCCUUCCCCUGCUUGCAGACCAGCCUGGAUGCUGGCAUCCUGGUGACAUGGACCAAAGGGUUUAAGGCGACAGACUGUGAAGGAGAAGAUGUGGUGGGGCUUCUGAGGGAGGCCAUUAAGAGGCGAGAGGAGUUUGACCUGGAUGUUGUGGCUGUAGUCAACGACACUGUGGGAACCAUGAUGACCUGUGCCUACGAGGAGCCCACCUGCGAGAUCGGUCUCAUCGCCGGCACUGGCAGUAAUGCGUGUUACAUGGAGGAGAUGAGGAACAUUGGGAUGGUGGAUGGUGAUUUAGGCCGCAUGUGUGUCAAUAUGGAGUGGGGUGCGUUUGGCGAUAAUGGAUGCCUAGACGACUUCAGGACGGAGUAUGACCGCAUUGUGGAUGAUUUCUCCCUUCACCCAGGCAAACAGAGAUACGAGAAAAUGUGUAGCGGCAUGUACCUUGGUGAAAUAGUGCGGAACAUACUAAUAGAUUUUACCAAGAGGGGCUACCUCUUCAGAGGUCAGAUUUCAGAGACGCUGAAGACCAGAAGCAUCUUUGAAACCAAGUUCCUGUCUCAGAUUGAGAGCGACAGACUGGCUUUACUUCAAGUGAGGUCCAUCUUACAACACCUAGGGCUGGACAGCACUUGUGAUGACAGUAUCAUUGUCAAAGAGGUGUGUGGAGUGGUGUCGCACCGUGCUGCUCAGCUCUGUGGGGCAGGGAUGGCAGCUGUGGUUGAUAAGAUCAGAGAAAAUCGCGGACUGGAUCAUUUGAACAUCACCGUCGGGGUGGAUGGGACUCUCUACAAACUGCAUCCACACUUCUCUCGCGUCAUGCACCAGACGGUCAAGGAGCUGGCUCCUCAGUGUAACGUCAACUUCCUGUUGUCGGAGGAUGGCAGCGGCAAAGGAGCGGCGCUCAUCACGGCGGUGGGUGUGCGAGUGAGACAAGAGCUGAACAAGUGAGGAUUUGUGGGAGUUCCACGUGGCGCCUUCCUGCGCUGUCUUCACUUCUGUCUUCCCCCCGACCAAAGCAGAACAGGCAGCGUCCUAUUACAGUAGCUGCUUUAGCCGACAGAAAGAAGAAGAAGUUGUCUUGAAGUAGCACAAAUCUCCUUACGAGUACAAAAUGAUAAAAAAAGCUUUACACAUAUUUACUUUGAUGGUGUCAGCACUCUUGUGGUGUGUAUUAUUGCCACCUUAAAAAAAUCACCUAGUAACUGCAGGCUAUCACACUUCAAAGAAUGUCAAAAUAUUUCUCCAUGUUUCCUAGCUGCAAAGGUUUUGUACCAAAAUCCCCACGACGUAUCAACAGAAGACGUAAAUAUGGUAUGAAGUUAAACUAAUAAUACACAAAUGUGAAAGGGAAUAUUUUUGCUUUUAGGGUUUUAUCCAGAUAUACAACUAAUUAUAUUUUACAUAUUAUUCUGUUAUUUAUUUUAUUUUUGUAUCAAGAGGUGAUGACAAUGUAACUGCUGCAAUCAAAAAGCUUAUUAAAUAAGGUGCCUCA